AUGUCUAAUUCUAAUACUAGUCCACAUAAGAAAUCGGGACAUUCACUAUUAGCUACAUUUGGUUUAAAGAAAAGGAAAAGUUCAAAAUCAAUAAAGAAAAACAAUGAUACUUCUUCUUCUUUGAAUAAAUCUCAUGAGAAUAAAAAUAUAUCUCAUAGGGCAGCAACUUUUUCCUCAAAACAUGAUGGGAAUACACAGGGUAUAUAUUCUGAUAUUCCAGUUUUAGGGUUUCAUAAUAAUAAUAAUAACAGUAAUGCUAAUGUUAUCACUACUCAAACAACAUCAAAUAAAAUGACAAGCCACCCACAAUUUAAGAUCCAUACCUCAUCACAUUCAAGGACUCAUAGCUAUAGUAGUGGGAUGAGUCUCUCCGAUAAGACUUCACAAAUUAAUGGGUUUUAUAAUCUACCUUUAAAUAUUGGACAAUCAUCUCAAAAUAAUCAAGGUAAUAACACCAAUUGGAAUACUGUCAAUUCAACAUCCAUUGUAGUAGGAAGUGUAACAAAUUCAAAUGUAAAUAUAAACGGUACCAAGGAUAAUAGCAGUUUAUUAAGUGCAACAAAUCAUAGUUUUAUGGCUUAUAGUCGAUACUCUAUAUCUGAACCUAAUUUGUCAUUAAAUUCAUUGGAAAAUUCACCUUCACAUAAACCACAAUUAUCAAAUGCUCAAGAAUUAUUAGAUGCUGUCUUUAGAAAAGAUAAUAAGAAUAAUAGUAGUAGUACGCAACAACAACAACAACAACAACAACAACAAAAUAACAUUAACAAUAGUAGUAGUAGUAAUAAUGAAAUUAAAAAUGCGACAUCAGGUAUACAUGAUCAAACUAUGAAUAAUGCAAAACAAUUAUUACAAACAUUUGAUAAUUUAUUACAAAAUAGUAAUGGCAAGCGUACAAAUUCGAAUAAUGCAAGUCAAACACCUAUCAUAACAGAACCGCAACCUACAAAACUUUCAACUGAUCAAAAUAAAAUAAAAUUUUUAGAUACAACUCCACAAAAGAAGGAUAUGGAUCCGGAUGCUACUUUAACGACAACAAUAUCACAGAGUCGUCCCUCAGCGGAUAUUAGGCGGAUAUCAUUGGACUCAGAACCUGAAAAAAAAAUGAAAAAAGCUACAGUUAAGAGUGGUACACCCAAUGGUAACAACGUUAUGAUGAAUGAAAAUAGUAAUAAUUCCGACUCUUGUAUUUUGGCAUCAAUGGCACCAAAGAGAUCUUUUACUCCGUUAAAUGUGAAGGAUAUACCAUCUAAUGCUUUAAAGUUAUCAAUAAACACAGCAAGAGCUGGAAGUUCUUUAGUUACCGGAUCAUUUAGUAGAACGAGAGGUAACUCGAUGUUUUCUGCAAGUCCUGUCUCAUCUAGGGUGACUACACAACAAGACCUGGAGUUAGAUAACGAAAGCCCCAAAAAACAAUUACAAGGUAUUACGUACGCUCCGGAAAGUAAAAACAAAGAGUUCCAUAAGUCGUUCAAGAAAGCACCUGAAGAUGAAAAACUGAUAUCUGUACAAAGUGCAGCUUUAUUUAAAGAUUUUAUGGUACAGGGAAAGAUAUAUAUCUGUGAUAAUAACAUUUAUUUUUAUUCAAAUAUUCUGGGAUAUAUUACAACAUACGUUAUUCCAUAUAAAGAUAUUAUUGGUAUAGAAAAAAAAAAUGUAGCAGGUAUAUUUCCAAAUGCUAUUGGUAUUGAUACCGAACAAACAAGGUAUGUGUUUGCAUCUUUGAUAUCUAGGGAAAGUACAUGGACUUUAACCAGAAAAAUAUGGCAUCAACGCAGAUGUAGGAGUAUGAAUCCAAGAGAUAGUAUUACAUCUUCAAAUCAACAGGGAUCCGAAUCAAAUGAGGAGUUUACUGCUGAUUCGGAGAUGGAUUUGGAUGGGGACGAGUUGCUAUCUGAUAUAUCGUCGGGAGAUUCUGAAAGUAUACUAGAGGAUGACAAAAACGGCGUUACGUCGACCCCCUCUUCAACUGUAUCUGAACCUAUUGAUGAAACUAAAAAAGGAAAAUCUGUAGAUGACGAGUCGAUCCCAACUUUAGGUUUGAGUAAACAUGAACCAACGACGACCUCUUUUACACCAGACUCUGCGGAUAAAAAAAUAUAUGAUUCCGUAAUCCCAGCUCCUUUAGGAAAAGUGAUAAAUAUUUUGUUUGGUGAAAAUGCCACUUAUUUGGAAACAAUUUUAAAACAACAAGGUAACUUUGAUCUAUCUGUAAUUCCAACCAAUCUAAUUUCAACAAAAAACCGUGACUAUUCUUACACAAAACCACUCACAGGGUCCAUUGGACCAAAGAAGACCAAAUGUUUAGUCAGUGAGAAAGUGGAUGUAUAUGACCUAGACGGAUUUGUACAGAUAACUCAGACUACAAAAAAUCCUGAUGUACCAUCUGGUAAUGCUUUUGUUUCUUGCACAACAUAUGUGCUCUCCUGGGAUAAAAAUAACAGUACAAGGAUGAGUGUUUAUGUCAGAGUGAUUUGGUCUGGUAAUAGUUGGAUUAAAGGUGCAAUUGAAAAUGGUACCGUUGACGGUGUUACGGUCGCCACUAAGAGUUUAGCAGACGAUAUAAUUAAAUUAGUUUCACCAAAAGAGAAGACAACAAAAAAGUCCAAAAAGGGUACAUCAUUGGCUGGAAAGAGUGUGUCAACACUCCCAAAUAUUGAACCAUAUACGCAUGUUGCAACCAAAGCUGACAUUAAAACUGAAUCUGGUGAUAAAGUUAUUAAAGAAAAUUAUUUAUUUGAUUGCUCAUUAGGUACAACUUUCCAAUUAAUUUUUGGUAAAGAUACCUCAUAUCUAAAACGCAUCCUUGCAAAACAAAACAAUAUCGACAUUUCAGUUAUUCCAAAAUUUGAAGAUAAGAAACGUACUUAUACCUAUGUAAAACUAUUAAACAACUCACUGGGUCCAAAACAAACUAAAUGUAAUAUUACUGAACAUAUUGAACAUAUGGAUAUGGAAAAAUAUAUCAUGGUUAGGCAAAUCUCGAAGACGCCAGAUGUUCCUUCAGGAAAUAGUUUUACAGUUCAGACUCGAUACUAUUUGAGUUGGGGUCCUGAUAAUACUACAAAUCUAGCUAUUAUCUCUAAUAUUGUAUGGAGUGGUAGAUCAUUUUUGAAAAGUGCAAUUGAGAAAGGAUCAAUAGAUGGUCAAAAGGCGACGGUUGAAAUAUUAAUUGAUGAAUUAACCCAAAUUAUUGAAAAGGCCAAAACAGGGCCAAAAGUUAGUAAGAAGAAGAAAACAAAGGGAAGAAAGGACAUUUCAAGAGCAUCUACAUUGUCAGAAAUAUUACAACCAGAAAAGGUAGAACCAUCGGGGGCUAUCAAUUUUAUCUCAAAGGCAUUUUCACCUUUAAUAGAUCCGUUGUUUAAUAAUUUUGACGUAACAUCUCCUCAAACAGUAGGCUCUCUUUUCAUUUCUUUCAUUUUGCUAAUAAGUCUCUUUAGAGCUAUAUUUGUCAACGAAAAGGACACUCAUAAAAUAUCUAUAUUGAGAGAAGGAAAACUAAUGAUAGAUCAAGAUAUUUACAAUUAUACCCCGGCCUUGGAUACUUUGUACAGACCAUAUAGAGAAGAUAUCGAAAAUCAUGCAUCUAGAGGUAAAAAUGCUUCAUCCAGAGAUAGAUAUCAAAAUAUUGUUGAUUCCACCGAAGAAGGUAUUUGGGAUUGGAUAAAGGACCGCGGAAACCCUAAAUCCGUAGGCCGUGUUGCACCUCAUUUUGAUAAGCCAGAAAUCAAGAAUCAUAACUUAGAGGAACUACAAGAAACCAUUAAAAUCGCCAAUAUUCAAUUGGAAGAAAUGAAGAAGAGAGUAAGUAUAUUACAAGAUACAGAUUAA